AGCACUACAGCCCUGGCAGAUCGGCCUUGAACAAGUGCGCCUCCGGCGUCUCCUUCCAGUCUAGCCCUGGUAUUGACGAACGCCGAAUUCUCACGUGAAACACAACCGGAAGGGAAAGGAAAGUCUUUGAAGGGGACAGCAAAGCACGUCGAAAAUCCUUAAAAUCCUCUGGUUUGAUCUACUUCUCCUACUGACCUCGUCUUCGCCCAACUCUUAUGGCGAGUCCUGCUCGCGCCAUCUUAAGAUCGAAGCUCCCAAUUGUGACUUCAGUCCUCCAUCAAAAUCUUACGAGGAAAACACCUAUAAGGCGCUUUUUGUUGCCUCUUAUUCCCGAAAGGUUACCUCAAGACGUCAAUUCCUGCAAACCCAAUUGUGAUUUCCGGCAAUUCCAUGAUGGGAGACCAAGAGGGCCUCUUUGGAGAGGCAAAAAGCUGAUAGGAAAAGAGGCGCUUUUUGUGAUACUGGGUUUAAAGAGGUUUAAGGAUGACGAAGAGAGGCUUGAUAAGUUUAUCAAAACUCAUGUUCUAAGGCUCCUAAAAAUGGACAUGAUUGCUGUUCUCUCUGAACUGGAGCGUCAGGAGGAGGUCUUUUUGGCUGUUAAGAUAUUCAGGAUAAUUCAGAAGCAAGACUGGUAUAUGCCUGAUGUCUUUUUGUACAAAGACUUGAUUAUGGCACUGGCAAAAGGUAAAAAAAUGGAUCAAGUAAUGGAACUGUGGGAAAUGAUGAGAAAAGAGAAUCUGUUCCCUGAUUCUCAAACGUUUACUGAAGUUAUUCGGGGUUUCUUGAGGGAUGGGUCUCCUGCUGAUGCAAUGAACGUAUAUGAGGAGAUGAAGAAAUCUCCAGAUCCACCGGAAGAGCUGCCAUUCAGGGUAUUGUUAAAGGGGCUCCUACCACAUCCCCUUUUGAGGAAUAGGGUAAAGCAAGACUAUGAGGAGCUCUUUCCUGAUAGACAUGUUCUUGAUCCUCCAGAAGAGAUAUUUGGUGUACUUUGAGCGUAUCGUCAGAUUUUUUUCACUAAAUUAUCAUUGAUUAUGGAGUAGUGGACCAGGACACCAGUAUCUUCCAAAGCAGGAGCCAGAGAUGGGUGUUUCGUGGGUGGAGUUCUCUUCACUGCUUCUUCUCUUUCUUUUCCUUCCCUUUCUGUCCCUACAUCUAAGUUAUGGAACUGACUGUCUCAAAUGUAAUAGUGUCAUACUCCCCAAGCCUAUUUUAAAAGAGGGCUGAUAGCAAUGGAAACAUUGGGAAUGCAGGUAUGGGAGACUGAUUUCUUUUUUGGGUCUGCUAAUUGUAGGGGAGCUUGAUACUUAGAUUAUGAAUUUUCUAUUAUGUUUGUGAAUGACUUGAAUAUGAUUCGAUAUUAUCCAAAGAUCUUUCGAGUGUUUCUGAAAAA